AUGGCGGAAGCUUGGAGCAACGUCUGUCGGCAGUGCAUUGCCACUGUCUCCGAUGUCCCACCUACCAUUCUAUUAGCUGCCGCUACAGCUACGGGACUGGGAUUGUUUGUCCUGUUCGUUACCUUCUUAUUCAUCGUCGCGCCGACUCCGCGGGAUCCCCUACCGGAGGAAAAGAAGUAUAAGACCCUCGCGAAAGAUGGCGCUAUCACAAACCCCGAGUCACUCCCCGGUUGGCUCGAUAACCUCAACGCCCAAAAACGCGCCUCCAAGAACCCCGAAAUAGAACCCGCGGAGCUCUUCAUGUCCGUAGUCGUCCCCGCAUACAACGAAGAAGACCGGCUUGCGGGCAUGCUGGAAGAAGCUGUCAACUACCUGGAGCAUAUGUACGGUACUCCGGGCCGUGACGAGGAGAAAGAGGCCAGUACUGUCUCAACCCGAUCCACGCGCAAGCGCAAGACGGCGACAAAUGGCCAGGCAACCAACGGUCAUGCCACGGGCUCGGCAUCGGACCGAGGUUGGGAAAUCCUUAUCGUAUCGGAUGGAUCGACGGAUCGCACGGAGGAGGUCGCCUUCAGCUUUGCGAGGGAUCAUCAGCUGUCGAUGCACCCCAAGGGCUACGCGGGACCGUGGACGCCCAAGGCGCAGGAAGGCGUGCACAUCCCGCCUGGGACGAUUCGCGUGGUUAGUUUGACUCACAAUCGCGGCAAGGGCGGCGCCGUUACGCAUGGUAUGCGGCACGCGCGUGGUCAAUAUGUCGUGUUCGCCGAUGCGGAUGGAGCGAGUAAGUUUGAGGAUCUUGGCAAGCUUGUUAAAGCGUGUCAGGACAUUGAGGAUGCCGGUGGCCGUGGUGUGGCUGUUGGGUCGCGCGCGCAUAUGGUGGGCAGCGAGGCCGUAGUCAAGCGGUCGAAAUUGCGUAACUUCCUCAUGCACUCUUUCCACAUGAUCCUGUGGCUUAUGACACCGCCCAAGACUGCAACCGUCAAGGACACGCAGUGUGGCUUCAAGCUCUUCUCGCGCAACUCGCUGCCCUUCAUCGUUCCCUACAUGCAUUCCGAGGGCUGGAUCUUCGACGUGGAGAUGCUCAUGCUAGCCGAGUUCGCUCGCAUCCCCGUGGCAGAAGUACCCGUUGGAUGGCGCGAGGUCGGAGGCAGUAAGCUGAAUGUCAUUCGGGACAGUAUCGGCAUGGCCUGGGGCCUGGCCGUCCUACGGGCAGCGUGGUCACUUGGCAUUUAUCGGCAGAAGUGA